AUGGGUUCUAAAAACACUGACAGCCGAUCUGCGGCACACCUUGUCACUCAUUCCCUAGUGUUCAAGGACUAUCUUGCCAACUCUCUGGAGAUCAAAUCAGAUAGACACGCGAACUCUUCCAGAACCAAAAAAGCUCGCGAAAAGUUAUUGAAGCUUUCAACCGAACAGUUCAGCGAAUUAAGUACUGAUGUUUUCGACGAACUUCAAAGACGCCAAACCGCUCAAGAACUACAAUCAGAACACUUAGCCGCUGAUGAGGGGUUCCAUCCAAAGAGAAAUCAGGCUAGAAAGAAGUUGGCAUCCCUUCCUCCUUCAAGAUUUAAAGAUUUAGUGACCGAUAUGUUGUAUGAAAUCGAGAGAAGGGGUUUGGAUGUUCAACCUGUGGAAGAAGCGACUCCUAGUAAUACUGACCAUUCAACCGCCCACGUUGGUAUUCAAGCGGGAACUGUUAUUCCUACUAAAUCUACCUUGGCUUGGAGUAGUGAUGAGGAGGAAGAGGCAGAAGAUGAAAUAGGCAGAGUGCAUGAUGAAAAAGAUGAAGAGCACGAUGAACUUUUCUCUCAUAAUAGUAAUCGCCAAUUGAAUCAAAAACUACACCAGAACGAAUACAAAAUCAAUGGACAUAGCGAUUUCCAUGAUGAAGGCUCGAAGAAAGUUGAUGAUGGCUACCUCGAUAAGACAAGUCCUAACACUGAUACCAGUAGAUACUCCGAUCUUCUGCCGCCAAAAAAUACCCGUGAAUUGGGGGGUCAAGCAAGAGAGUUGAACAAUAGUGGAUUUGGUUCAAUGACUUCACCAAAUGUGGAUACUUCUAGUAAAGAUCAUGAGAUUGAAUUGCUUUUAGCCGAAGGAAAUAAGAUGGACAAAACCAUCACUAUUCACGAGAAAACCAUUGAAUCAUUGAAAAACAAGAUCCAAAUACUUGACGAAGAAAAAAAUAAGUUGGAAACAACUUAUGAUGAAACCGUUGCCAAAGUGUAUCUGUUGGAGCAAGAGUUGACUGCUAAGGAAAGUAUGGUAGAACAAUUGCAACAGGAGAAGGAGAAUAAAUCAGUUGCUUCUGAUAGUGAACUUUCUGAAUUGCGAGAAGAGGUUUCUAAAUUGAACUUUGAGAUUCAGAACUUGAAAAGGGAAAAAGAGACAACUGAGAAAUCUUAUCAGAACGAAAAAGACAGUAGAUCUCUUGCUUCCGAAGGUGAAAUUUCCGAUUUGCGACAAGAGGUUACUAGAUUGAACUUUGAAAUCAAGAAUUUGGAAAGGGAAAAAGAAGCAAAUGAGAAAUCAUACCUUGAAUUGAGAGAUAAGUACAGCAAGACUGAAACAGAAUAUAAGAUGAUUCUUGAUGAUUAUAAGGUAUUACAAGAAAAGUAUAAUAGUGCUUUGCUUGCCCAGGAUGAAAUAAAGGAUGAAGUGAAAGAGGAAAGGAAGAGAGCUGGUAUUAAAGCCAAACAACUUCAUGACGAGAAUGAAACCUUACAUGGACAACUAGAAAUAGCUAGAGCACAAUUGGAAACUGAAAAACUGAAACAACCAAUAUUGUCAAGAAAUUUCACUAAUGAUUUGUCUUCCAAGGACUCUGUUGAUGAAUUGAAUAAAAUUGAACAUCGUUUGGAAAAAGUUAACACGAAGGGUAUUGAAAAUAAUGACAGUGAAACAACUGAGGGUUUAAAGCUCCAAGUUCUUGAAUGGCAAAAAAAAUACCAGGAUUUGAGGCAUAAAUCGAUCAAACAAACAACUACUUCUGAAAUUGACCAUUCCUCUUAUUCAGUGAAGCCAACCGAUCUUUCUCAAAAGGCAAUCGACAAAUAUAUUGAUCCUUCUGGUUUGAUUUCUCUGGCCUCUGUUGUUGAAUUAAACUCAUUGAUCACCUCAUUUUUACUUAUUAUAAGCGAUGAUGAUCUUAGUACUGAUCUUUUGUUCGAAACAAUUACUAAAAUAACAAUCAUUGCCGGUGAUAUUGCGGUUCAAGGUGAAUCAGUUAACAAUGGUGAAUUCUCAGCUUUAAUUAAAGCCUCUGUUUCUCAUGCUAUUACAUCAACAAGAUUUUAUGCUGUUCAUGGGAAAACACUACCUAAGUUAGUGGUCGAAACAGCAAUCGCUGAGAUCUCAUUCAGUGUUUGUAAUAUGAUUGCUGCUGCUAAGGGAAACAGCUCAGCCCCAGGCUCUGAUAUUUUGUUAGAUAAUGCUCUAAAAAACACUCCAGGGUCAGUGUAUGCUGACAAUACUGAUGGUGAAAGUAUUCUUAGUCCCAAACCUUUGAGAAUGGUAAGAAGAGAAGGCCAAAAACAAUCUCCAAUCAUUACCCAUAAACGAGAAAAUCCUUUCACUACCAAUUUCACUUUAAGUCCAAAUGUGAUAAGCAAAAAUGCAGAAAGAUUUCCUUCAUUCGAUAAUACUCCUAAUAGCUAUGGCAGAAGCAGCCCAGUUGCUAGUAACAUGAGAAACACCCCAGAUAUCACCAAUAGUGGCAUAAGGCGCACACCUGAUGUCAUCAAUAACAGUACUAAAGGCGCUCAUAUCGUUAUUGGGAGUAGUAUUUCAGAAAAGCCAGGAUCGUUUGGUAACUUUGACACCACUAGAGGCAGACUGAAUUCCAAUUUUUCAGAUAAGCCGGGAUCAAUUGAUAAUUUUGAUACUACUAGAGGUAGACUGAAUACCAGUAUUUCAGACAAGCCAGGAUCGUUUGGUAAUUUUGACACCACUAGAGGCAGACUGAAUUCCAAUUUUUCAGACAAGCCAGGAUCAAUUGAUAAUUUUGACACCACUAGAGAUAGACUGAAUACUAGUGGCAGUAGUGAAGGUGUGAGCACAAAAGGCCUCAGACGCACCAAUAUUGGAAACAUUGCUAAAGGCCCACAAGGUAUUAUUACCAAUGCUUCAAGAGGUGCAGAGGAAGCCAUUGAUAAUUCGUCAGUAAUGGAUAAUGAUGUGGUUCACAAACAGGAUACUACUGGUAUUGGAAUGAAGAAUGAGCCAGAAGGCGUUAAUGGUAUAAACAAAUCCCAUGUCAAUGAUAAUAGUAUUAAUUCUGUUAGAAGCACACAACCCACUGGUAAUAUUGAUGUGGAAAGUGUGCCAUUUUUCACAAGUGGUGAUAAUUUAAGCAAUCCAAAUAUUAGUAGUACUGCUAGCUCUAACUGGCAAGUUUCAACUAGGGUUGGGUUGGCCAGUUUGCAAUCUUCCACUUUAGAAGACGAUAAGCAUCUCCGUCAGCAACCAUACCCUCUAUCCCACUCGCAAUCGCAUUCAGAAUCGCAACCACAACCACAACAACCACAAUCACCAUCAAAACUGGAAGAGGUGUACGAUUAUCAACCUCAACCACUACCACGUUCACAAUCACAAGAGCAAUACAAUUAUCAAUCACAACAACCACAUCCACAGCCACAACCACAUUCGCAGCCACAAUCAAAGCCACAAGAGGAACACAAUUAUCAACCACAAAAAACACAACAACCACAACCGCAAUCACAACCACAACAAAAACAAAACACCCCUGUAUUAACUUCAACAAAAUCAAGCAUUACCAAACGUUCUGUUGUUAAUACUUUUGAUACCACAAAUAAAAACUCUCAGAUUAAGAAGACAAUUGAUAUUAGUAAUAACAGCUUUGAUUCUGACCAUUAUAAUAAUUCUGACCACUAUAAUGAUUCUGAUCAUUAUGAUAAUCCUGAUCGCUAUAAUGAUUCUGAUCACUAUAAUAAUUCUGAUGUGGGUAAAGAGAGCUUCCAUAGAAGAGAAAUUUCAGACCCUGAAAGUAUCAAUGAAUCAUCGUUCAGAUCUAAUCAAUCAACACCAAAGAAAAAUUCAGUUUCCAGUCUCAAGGCCAAAUUUAAUGGUAGUGAAUCUACCGAAAAACUGGUUGCAAAACUGUCGAACUCCAGGAAUGUUACUCCUUCCGGAAGCAUUUUGUCGAGAAUGAAGCAGCUUGAAUCUUCUCUGAAUGGUGGAAGUCCGACCUCAAGUCCUCAUGGCUCCCCUAAUAUUGUGAAACCCCUGUCUGAAAAAGUCGUUUCCAAAUUUGGAGGGAAAUUGACUGCUCAGAAUUUAAAAGACAUUGAUACUAAGGGCGCAAUUCACAAAAAGCCUGAUUCAGCACAAGAACCAAUUUUGCAAGAAAAGUCCAAAGAAAGAUUUGCUUCUAAUGCACUGACAGAAAAAGCAGAUGAUAGUCCAAAGCGCCGUGACCAAGAAAGUCUGAGCGAUAAUCAUGCAAAACAAAAUUUAACGAAAAAUGCCAUGACAAGUACCAGUGAUCAAUCUUCUAAUGACCAAUCUUCUAAUGACCAAUCUACUAAUGAUCAAUUUUCUAGUAACAAAUCUUCUAGUAACAAAUCUUCUAGUGAUACAUCUUCAAGGGAUCAGGCGAAGUCUGGUGUUCCACCUCUUUCAAAUGAAGAAGUAAGUUCUGACUACUCAAACUCACAGAUUGCAUACCAAAAACCUAACGCUGAUUAUAACAGUAAGGACAGUGCUUCCUCACCAUUGCCAGAGGCCCGCAAAAUGGACCGUCCUCAGGAAUUUGAUGUUAAUACCUUUGAUAUUGCUGAUCCAGACAAUACUCUUGCAGAAUUAUUGCUUUAUUUGGAACAUCAAACUGUGGAAGUUAUUUCUACUAUUCAAACUUUAUUAUCUUCUAUCAAGACCCCUGACUCUACUACUGGCACUCUUAAAACAGGAGCCAAAGCUAUUGGCAUUGUUGUGAGUCAAAUGUUCGAUGCCACUAGUGUGUCAAUGGCGCAAAGCCGUAAUGUUCAAUUGAGAGAACAUGGUAGAUGGGUUGUUCAAAGCUUGGCUGAUUGUGGUAGACGUAUGGAUAUGUUAUGUAGUAAUGACAAGAGUGAUGAUGAUGAUUACGCAGACAAACAUUUUAAGCAGAGAUUAGCGGGUAUUGCUUUUGAUAUCGCCAAAUGUACAAAAGAGCUUGUCAAGACUGUUGAAGAAGCGAGUUUGAAAGAAGAAAUCGCGGUCAUAGAUGCCCGAUUGAAAGCCGCUUGA